AAGGAGAUUAUAUUCUAAAAAUCCCAAUUGGGUUAUCUCCUUUUUUUUUUUUUUCAAAUGUCGUCGCAAUAGUGGUGUUUCCUACUAGUAUUGGUCAUUAUGAUAGACCAUAUGAACAGUGAAAGAAACAGUGAAAGAGAGCAACCCAUUCUCCGCAUUUGGCUAAGAAGUGGAGAUAGGAGGGUGAUACUAACAAAUCAGUCACUAAAUUUUGGCUUUUUUGGGUAACCCGUCACUUGAGUUUAGAAUAGUUAACGGAAUAGUCACUUUAAACUGCCUAGAUCAGUGUGUGUAUGUUCACACAACCUAAAAAUACCAUGUCAUGUAAACUCUUUGAUUAGUUGUAUCGGGAUAGAGCAAUUUUUUUGAGUAAUGUGAGUUUGGAUUGGGUUGAGUAAUGUAUCUGGUAUGGAUCGAUUAUGAUUUAUAAGUUAAAUCGCGAGUGGUCUAUGUGAUGGGAACUAAUUAGUCACGAUAAUUAGAGUUUUUUUGGACUCGUUUACGGAUCUUAUAAGAUUUCCUUACACCUUCUCUCCUCUCUAUCAAACUUGGAUCUAAUACCAUGGGGAGAACCUAUUAGUCCAACUAACUCAACUUGUCGGAGGAAUAUUUGAAAUAAAGUGAUAUACAUAUUCAGACACUUAAUAUAUUAAUUAAUAGAUGAAGCGAUCGUUGUAUUAGUUAUUUCGACAAUGAGUCGGUCUCGAGUUCGAGAUCAAUGCAACAAUGGAAUACACUAUACAAACUUUAGUGAAUUAAUUAAAGAUGAUUCUGAUACAUAGAGUGUGCACGUUCUUUCCCGGUCAUUUGUCAACUGAUGAUGGUGAAUAAUACCAAGCGAACAUUCCCUUAAGGUCUAAACCCUAAAUGUGAAACAAAAAGGGGAAAAAAAAAUCAAAUCUAUCACUAAUUAAAUAGUGGAUGAAGAGUUACAUCAAAUGUACACACAAAUGGGAAAAGAUAAAUCAAAUUUUGGGGGACUGAAAAGAUGAUUAUAUGAUUCUCUCUAAAAAAAUGCACCAAGUUUUGUCACAAAAAUGGGGUCGAUCGUGGGGUGCCACCAUUACUAGCUAGAGUGCUACAUUGGGUGCCCUAGCUUGCUUGCUCUUGCUAUGAUCUAAUCCGAUUAGCCAAAGACAGAAGACACAAAGAUAUUCCCUAGUGUCAUUUACAAGGAUUUUGGGGUCAUUUCAUGUCAUCCACCCAACAAAAAUUGUAAUUUUGGACAUUAUGAGAGCUUUUGCAAAAGGAAGGAAAUGAUGGUUGAUUCCUUUCAUAUUUUCGUUUGAAGAUGUGAGCAAUGACUUAUAAGUUAUAACUUGUUCUCAAGUGUCUUUCGUUUUAUGUUUUAUGAAUGAAGGAGAGGGAGGUGUUAGGGUUGUGUUAUAUCAUCGUUAUUGUCAUUUUUUUCUUUAUCGUAUUUGUUUUUUACUUAAAACGCUUAUAGGUACCUCAAACAAAAUAAGAUUCUUCUUUUUAAAAACAUAUGAGUAGUAAGUGUUCGUACCUACAACGAGAUCGAGCCUAGAGAUCCCUAUCUUUGAAUGGUGCUUGGACACAUAGACACCAUUGAUCAAGCCAGAUAUCUUGUAAACGAUGCCUAAUCAAGUGACCAUUUAACAUCUGAUGUGUGGCACUUGAUCGAAUGGAUACCUUAUAUAGUUAGUAAAAUACGGUACGGGAAAGUUACGUAUAAAAUACAUACGAGCAUUUUACUUCAUCUCUAAGCUAAUGUUACGUUUAAUAGUACGUUAAUAGCCAUAAAUAUAUAAAAUUAAUUAUUUUUAAAAAUAAAUAUGUAAAAAUAGUAAAGUUAAUAAUUUAAUUCAUUAAAUACAGAUAUUAAACGUGUUAUACGGAUUUUAUACGUGUUUAGUAAGGGAGCCGUCAAUUGACGGAAACAAAUGAAACUACUUGACAAUAAUACGGAUACAGAAGUUUUAAACGGAUAAAGUACGUACGAGUACAUAUACGUGUAUUUUUUUAUAAUGGUGAUAGCCUUUUAUUAAUUUAAACAAAGGAAAAUACAACCGAACAAAGUACACGCACAGCAGGCGGAGGCAGAGAGCCAAACAAUCAACCUGCAUGUUGGAACAAAAACGAAACAUUACGGGUACAUAUACGUGUAUUAAACGAAGUAUUUACUAACUAUGCUUAUCUACAAGAUACAUAAAGGCAAAACAUAGGUUGGAAUUCUACCAUUUCGAAUUUCGUGACCUGAGAGUGAUUCUAGGAAGGUCAUUUUUGUCAUUGCACCCAGUUCAUGUUUAUAUAUUAAAAAUGUUAUAGUUGGAGUUCAAACCCUGGUUACUUAAAUGACGAAACAACAUUAUAACCAACUAGACUACAUUUUAUUUAUUGUUGUUUCUUUGAUUAAACUCUAGUGAUAUGUUUGGUGAUGAUGCUUCUAUAUUUAUAUUUUAUCUUAAGUUAUUUAUAUUUCGACAUAAUAUAUAAAGGCAAAACAUGGGUUGGAUUUUCAGAGAUUUGAAUUCCCAUGCUUGUGAGGGUUUCACGGAAGGGUAAUUUGACAAUUUACCUGUCAUUUUAGUUCAUUCGUUUUUUGCUAUCAAUCCACAAUGUGCCCUUUCAAAUCAUUCAAUUUGAUAUCUAUAACCUGUGUCGUCAUCAACAAAUAUGAUAAAUAUUGGAAAACAUUUUCAUUGAUAUGUUGGACUAUAUCACAAAUCAAUUAUAAAUGCUUUAUUUGUAAACAUGUAUAUCGCUAUCAGUUCCAUAUCUUUGAUACUUACACGCAUUAUAAGUAGUAACAACACAUAAAAAAUGCAUAAUAAUCUUCACUAUUUACACACAUUAUAAGUGGUUACAACACAUACAACAGACAUAAUAAUCAAACACCCCAGCCAACAGGCGGGGCAUGGUGCUAGGGAUUCUCAGAUUGGUGAGGAUGAAGAGAUAGGAUUAGAAGGAAUCGCUAGAAAACCCGAGGAAGAUGAAGUGGAACUUUUGAGAAUCUGAGAUAGGAUUAGAAUUUAGAAGGGAGUCGAUCGAUUGUUGGUGAAGGACGAAUACAAGUUUCGACUUUGGUUCCACUUCCCUGUCAUUCAAUCUGGUGGCCCAGUAUUUGCUCAUUCUUUUGUGGGCUGGAAAUCAAUCAGACUGUUGGAUUGAUGGCCAAGUAUUUAUUUCCUAUUACUUUUUUUUACGUUCAUCUCAUAUAACAUUGUUUGUAAAAUUACAAAUCAAUUCUUUUAAUUCAUCUUCAUAAUAAACAUUAAGUUGCUCUAUCCGCAUGGAUAAUUUAAUUUCAGCUUCUCCCAUAAACACUUCCAUACAACAAUUUUUAGAUAAAAUUUUCACAGGUAUUAAUAACACAUUUUUUGAGCAAAACUUUUAUACAAACACGAAUUUAUUACAAAAGUUAUCAAAACAAUGAACUAUUAUCAAUUGAGUUUAUAUUUCAAUUUUUAUCAAAUAAGACGAUUGUGCGUAGAUUACCCGCCCAACAGGGCGAACACGGUGCUAGUAUUAGAUAAUAGAUGGCCAAUACAUUGGUUCUCUAAAUGAUCCUUUGUUCGCUUGUAUUGCUCUAUAACCUAAUGAUUUUUCUUCCUUGUUGUGUAGUAACGGCAAAACAAGUACUACUAGUAGUUGUAGCUAGAGUAUCUAGAUGCAAAAUGAAGAAGUAUACAUAUAUUCGGAAAAUAACCUUCCUUGUAGGAGAUAUCAUCCCAAAUAAGGGACCUAGCUAUAGAUUGAUUUUUGUGUCGUUAGAAACAUAGGAUAAUGUAGGAGUUGGUAGUUAAGAGGUCUUGUAAUGGAGAAAUAUAUCAAUAAAAUUCAAUGUUCUUAGUUCCUUUCUCCCUUGGAAAAUGUUAGAAGGAUCUAACAACAAAGUGUAUGUAAUUGUAGAUUGUCAUGACUCGCUUAUUUAUCUAUCGACAUGUGUGUAUAGAAAGAUCAAAUUAUUCUCAAAUAACGAUUAGUUCUUCAUCUACAUAAGAUUUUUCUUCCAAUUUCGUAUCAAUAUUUGCAUGUCGAGUCGUCCAAAUUACUAGUUAAACUGUCAUAUGGACCCUAGCUAAGUAGCUAGCUAACAUGAAAAACUUAUUGUAACUCAUACCCAAUCCAAACUAAACUACUAUGGAAAUUCCGAUACAAAGAAACUAGAUGAAGAUAGCCACCAUGAUUGUUAGUUCCAGUUAUUCCAAACAUCAACGACAAGUAUGUAUAACAUUGAGGCCGAUUUGUGAAUAAUCGCAAAACUUCAGUGACUGCAGAUGUAAUUAACCCUAAAGUGACCUUCUAACCAUCGAGGAGCUAGACCACUGUGGUCUGGAGGUGUGGUGUUUUGGCCCCAAAUAGCCAAUUUAUCAUCAAGUGCUAUGAGCUGGUUUUUGGCAGUUAUGGGGCCAUGGAUGUAAUUUUACAUUUAAGGCUCUGUUUGUUGGGUGAUUGAAAAGCAAAGCCACAUGUUGAAUUUAUUAUAUGACCCUUUUUUGAAAAAAAAAUUGGAGGACCACAUCAUAGAAUUUCCAUGAAUUGAUGUCUUCAGGUGUCUCUCACUCUCAAUUCUCAAAGCUAAAACAAAAGAGCCAAUAGUAGUGAAUAUAUUUUCCAUAUGCUCACUAUAAAGUAGAAAUAAUCAUGCUUUUUUUCUCAUACAAUUUGCUUUUUACAUGCAUCUACCUAACCUAGGGGAAAAUUGAUCUUAUGGGUCCCUAGUUAAUUUAAUUGUGUUGCAGUUAAACCUAAUUCAUAAUAGUACUCCAAGUCCUGUCAUUUUUAGGGAUGCUGAUUUUUCCCAUAGCUCGUGGCUAUUCAAACGAUCUUGAUUGGAUAGAAAAAAAUACAAGAGGAAAACUUACAAGAAAGUUACUGGAAUGAAGCAAAAAAUUUCGUAGUAACUGGUUAUAGAGGUUGAGGCGCCCACUCAUUAUGAUAUGCAAAGAAUUAUCAACAAUAUCAAUCAUAUGAUUGAAAAAAUAUUAACCAAUAUAAAGUUUAAAACAGUAUACCAACAAAUAGCACAAGUUAAACAGAAUGGUUAAGGAGAGAGAUGAAUUAAAGGGGAGGGGGUAAUUAAUUACUAAUUAGGAUUUAGGAUGUGGAUGGAGCACCUAACAUGAUGAUUAUUUGCUUACCUUUCUUUAGAUAGAUUGUAUUAAAGUAAUUGGAAUAUUUUAAUUGAAGUACCAUGCUAGACAACAAAUAAAAUCCUUAUUAGGUACAAGCCAUUUCAAUUUUUCUUCAUUUUGUAUAAUAUGCUCAUGGUAUAUAUAAUGAGGUAAGAGUACUUUUGGAGAUUUGAUGGAAUUUCAAUGUAUAUGUUCUGUUGAGGGCCAUAUUCUACUACAGUUAGAUAUAAUGAGUAUUGCAACUAUAGGGUAUCUAGGGUUUUUAAAAAAAAUAUAUAUGAAUUAAUGGGUAUCUAGGAAUUUUUAAAAGCUAGAAUGCAAGCAUACAUGCCACAACAUCAAUACAUUUGGAUAAGGCAACAUCGUACUAUGCCUAGUAUUCUUUUCUAUUUGGUGUGCUAUAGCCUUUUUUUUAAUACCCAUAUCCACGUGGAUAUAUUUUAUCGCUAAUUCGAUCCUCUUAGAUGGUUGUUGGUAGAAACCUCUUCUGAAUAAGGUUUAUCAAUGUUACUUCUUCUGAAUUCUAGAUUUGAUUUUAGAACUCUUGCUCUUAAUCCUACUCUUACCUUACACUCAUAUGUAAUAUAUACAUGAUGAUCACCUUAAUGAUUAGGAACAUUUUACCUUGCUCCACUUGUCUUAGUCCAAACAACUCUCAAGUUUUGGUGGAUAUUUUCAUUUGAAAAUAAUUCACUUUUUAGCUAAUGCACAUAACCUUACUUAAUUCUAUGAUUUAAUUCUAUGAUGUGAUCGAAAUUUGAUAGUGGUGAGUGGUGUAUAUUGCCUAUAUAUUCUUAUUCUAGCUAGGCCACCAUAGCAUAAAUAUUUUUAUGUUGAUGAUGUUAUAAAUUGUGUGUCUAGAGAUUCCAACAUUAUCCCACUUCAUGAUGAAUUGGGGUGGCCCCUUUGCUCUUCAUUUGUUUAGAUAUUUCAAUAGAUAGAUAUUUUUAGGUGCCAUUGUUUAAUUAGGUCGUGCAGCUUUUUGAUAAUAAUGAACUCCACAAUCACUAACAAGCCAAUAAAUUAAAAUGAUCAAGAUUGAAGCCCAAAGUGGUUAAUUAAAGAGACACUAUGUUUAAGUUUAAGCAUUUUUUGUAGUUUGUCAAUAGAUAAUUUGAUAAAAAUGUCCCCCAUUUGAGCCCUCGUCAAGAAUACAACGUGAAUCACUAUAUGAUUAAGUAAGUUAAGUGAGGAUUUACGCUCGUAGCCAUGCGCAAACACAUAAACUCCUGUUUUUUGUGAGCAUACAAAUUUUUUUUUAGACAAACACGAUUCAUCAUCCUCUCGAACUUUCAAUCAAUAACUUAUUCAUACAAUCAAUCACGAUUAUUCAUCACCAUCUCGAAUUUUCUCAUCUUUAACUCUCUUACAUAAAGAGGUUUCCUAGGUGCACACUUAAUAAUUGAGAUCAGAAGGAGACCACCAUUAUGAUUGUUCUUAAUAAAAUAUUUAGGUUAGUGGAAAUCCCACUUGGUGUGGAAAACGAUCGAACUCUGUGUUUUCCCCAAGGCAAAUCCAAUUAAGUACCAAUCAAUUAAUAAAGUAAUUGGACAUGAUCAUCAUUACUACAUUCCAUGUACAUUACAUGAGAGGUUCUUCAAUAUUAUAACACAAUUAAUUAAGUGAGUACUCUUAUCUUAAUCCAUAUGCAAAUAGAUCACUUGAAUGUUAUACAUAGCACAUGAUGUAUCAAUGGGUUAGUUAUUUAAUGUGUGGAGGAAAAGUUAUAGGGAGGAGAAGGAAUAUAAGUUGGCAAGGGAGGGUUGGGCAAAUAUUCCCACUUAGUAGGGUGAUUAGAGAAUCAAGAUAAAUAAAAUGCUUUUGGUAGAUAAGAGUUCUUCCCUAACCAAUCACUUAUAACCACAAUGGAGAUUAACCAUAUAUAAUCCAUUAACCCAUAACUCACUCUUUUCCUUGUAGUGGGUAUAUUAUACAUUUAUAAGGUUAUGGCAUGUGAUUUGACACAACCCACAUUUGUUUUUCAGAAAUUUAUAUAAUUAUAUCAUACAAAAAUACAGAAAUUUAGGGAAAAGUCAUUUGCAUAUCGAACAUACAGAAAUAUAUAUGCUCUUUAAAAUGGAGGCAAAUCUUGAAUUAAUUAGUAUUCAAGCUUGUGUAUACGAGUGACUGACCACUUGAAAUAUAGGUUUAUGUUGUUCUCGUGAAAAAAAAAAUUAAAUAGUGAGUCUGUCUGAAACCUCUACAACAAGACGACAUUAACAAGUCGCUCGAAUUUAUAUAAAGAUAAUUCUAUUAUAGUUGAGUCAAAAAAAUUCCCAUGAAGCUUCAUAUUAGCUAACUUUCAAUGGGGGUAGUUAAGAAAACUGAGUGGUACUUACUUUGAUUGAUAACAUUUAUAAAUUUAUUUCAUUAUUUACAAAAAGUUUGUUUGGUAACACUCCUCAAUUCGAUCAAAGUCUAUUAGUCACAACACAAGUCAACCAUAAACUAAGGUAUACGUAGAGACUAAUUUUUUUUUAUUGCCUAGUGAAUUCCACAUUAACGUGACUUGGCCAGAAAAAUGAAUCCAUAUUUCUUAAUUGUUCCUUUUCCUUUCCUAUAGUUGCAAUCAAAUAGAUAUGUUCAUCAACAAGUCACAUCUUCCUCAAAAGCUUAAUGGAAAUUAGGCGCGCAGGUGGUGAUGGUGUGGAUCGGAUCAAUUGCUGAUCAUGAAGGAUAUAAAUUAUAGUUAACUAACAGCACAUUAGUGACAAUUAAACCAAUUAAAAAUUGACUCGAAUAUAAGUGUAUAUUAACGUAAACCCCCAUACACCAAUGUUACUGUGAUGUCUGCAACGGUUUGGUUCGGUUCAAAAGUGGUCAAAAUGAAGGAAACUUGAAGGCUUAACUUCGAUGCACUUGUUUUAUUUUUAUUCGAUCCAAAAGCGCACGGAUCUUAUCAUGUUAUAAAUCAACGUUCUCAAUAAAUCGAUUUGUGAGCCGAGGUCCAUGCGUGGAUCUCUAUACAACUUACUGGCAUCACUCCCUUCAAACAAAACUCAACUAUUGGGCUGGAAGUUUGCACGGACUUGACAUAUCAAGUGUGUUUAAAUCAACUAUUAAUGUUGGGGGGUUGUGGGGACUUGAUGAACACGAGAUACCGUGAUCAAACCAGACUCUGGUACCAUGUCACAAACCAAUCGAUUUUAAUAACUCAAAUUGUUGAAAGAAACUCAUGUAUGUAUCUAAUACCAUAUAUUGAUACAAUCCAAAUAUGAAACGAACCGAACCGUUGUCCAAUCCUAAUAUAGUGUUAAAAUUAAUUGAGCACAUAAUUCAGGAGGGAGUAGCUUCAAACGGAUCCCACUUAGCUAGAUAAAUAUUUCGAUUAAUUUAUUUGCGAAUAAUUAAUUAUUUAGAUACGACGAUUGAUCCACCUAUUGGGAAAGAGACAGUUACGUUUGGUUCAAUUCAAGAAAACAAUUAAAAAAUUCCUAAGUGGGAUUUGGUUUGGAUUCCUUCUUGUCCCCCUUAUUCUUCAUUAACCGUCCUUUGUUUAGUGUUUUAAUUGCUUCUGCUUAAUCCCUAAUCUUGGAUAAGUGAGAAAUUAAGCUCUACCCAGUAAUGAUUCUAUGGAGAAAGUAUGAAGCUUUCAUUUUUAACCUUUUUACCCAAUAGGUUCGCUCAGGUAAUACAAUAGCCACACAAAUUGUAGUUAAGAUCUUGUUCAACUUUAGGACAUUAAGAAAUUCAAAAUACUUGUGGCUGGGGUUGGAUUAGUUAAAGGUAAUAGACUUUAUAUAAAUCUCUUGGUCUAGGAUGAAUGGAUUUGUUUAUUAAUCAAGAUAAGUGUAAAAGAGAGAAUGCAAAAUUCAAAUGUGCUUCUCAUGUAUUCAAUUUUGGAAGACCAUUAUUUCGAUACAUAUCUUGUGUGAUUUAUCAAAUUAUGUGCUUGAUUAACCAAUUAUUUGUGCUAGGCAAAUCAAAUUGAAUUGCCUGUCAGAUCAAAUUAAAAAAAAAAACUUAUUGACUGCUGAGUGCUGAUAAAUAAUCAGAGAGUAGUAAAAUGGAAGUUGUAUAUAUAUUGCUAAUCCAUUUACCGGACCUUGUCGUCUUUUCACUUUUGAGGUAUCUUUUUUCUUUAUGAUCUUGUAUAUAUAUAUUGUGAUUUCUUUUUUGCUAGUAAUUAAAAUCAUUAAUGUCAUAUGAUGAUAAAGACGUUUGCUCCCGAUAGGGAGGUUCUUGGUUUAAAUCGUAAAUACUAUCAAUGAGAAGUAUCAACUAGACUGUGUGUCCUGAAUCACCUACUAAAACAGAAAUCGAUAGACUUUUAAAUCGCAUGUUUAAAAUGACGGUUAUGAAGCGAGUGCACUGAAUGCACUCAAAAAAGUGAGUGCACCGAAGACGUCACUAUAUAUAUAUAUAUAUAUAGUGAUUUCUUUUUUCCUAGUAAUUAAAAUCAUUAAUGUCAUAUGAUGAUAAUGACGUUUGCUUCCGAUAGAGAGGUUCUUGGUUUAAAUCGUAAAUACUAUCAAUGAGAAGUAUCAACUAGACUGUGUGUCCUGAAUCACCUACUCAUCUAAUUGAACAUUCAUGAUAAUAAAGUUUACCAUAACUUCGACUUAACUUUCUCAGUCCUUUUUAGAGUUUAGGAAAUCACAAACCCUAGACAAACUAAUUGUGAUGGACCAUGAAUUUUGAGGCUAGCUAUGUUAUUGAAGAUCUAUUCAACAAAGAUGGUGAAAGGCUAGCCAGCUAGCUAGCUAGGUGUGUAUAGUGGAAGAACGUAUGAAAGAUGAACAGAAGCUACAAAGAGAGCUACUGAGGAAGGCUGAAGGCAAAGGCAUUAUCCAAAUUUGUCCUUGGCGUGUACGUUCGGGUAGUGGAAUUAUUAUGACCCAUCCUAUUCCCUCUUCCUCAAGUGGGAACCACCCCCCAACUUAUUUGUAAUUACUUUCAAGUACCCAAAUUAUUAUGAUUUUUUUUGUCACAAAAGAAAAUACACAAGGUACAAGCCAUUAUUUCUUGCUUUUGUUGUUGGGGGGAGCUAGGAAGGACCCCAUCAAUGGAGGAGAGUGGUUUAAAAGCUUUUUUGUCAAUGCAUAUCUCCAUUGCCUUUGGGCUAGGGUUACCACCAAAAGAACAAGAAGAGGUUGUGAUGGAGAUAGGGUUAGGUUCAUGCUUUGUUUCAUAUUUCUUGGUGCUACUCUCCAACUUUCCCUGGACAAGAUUAUAAUAUUGGAGAUUUGGGUGUUUGUUUAUUGUUAUCUUUGAUUUUUUUUUUUUUCAUUAUGGUAUGGUUGUCAUGCUCUAACAUGGAGAGUUUUGCUACAAUUGGGAGGGCAAAAACUAUUGGAGGGUGUGGGUGUGGCAGGCAAAACUCAUAAAGCAUUUUGGUUUAGUGGAGAGGGCUUUCCUUGUCAUUAGGUUUCAAUGUAAUUGAUUAAUUGGCCCUACUACCCACAACAAUUUUCAUUACCAUGAUGAGAGAGUGACUUUGUGAGGUCAGCUUGAGGGGGGAAGAAGUCAUUAAGAAACUGACUUAGGUUGAAGGGAUAGGCUUAAUCAAUUUGCUUACCUUUAAUUGUGGGAUACUAGAUUUAAAGGCCACUUACUUGAUAGAGAUGAUCAUGAAUAGUGAUUAGAGAGGGGGGAGGGAGGAUAUCGAUUUCCUUAUUUUAAUUGGUGCAUCUUCACCAAUGAGAAUUUUGUGUUAAUGCAUAUUAUAAUAUUGUAUGAUUUGCAGAUGUUACAGACUGACGGUAUGGAAUAAAUAAAUAAUUUGUAAUUUUCCGACGAGUUGAUAUUGAUUCUUGUAUAUAACCUGUUACAUCUCUCUCUCUCUUCUUUGUCUUAAUCGUAGUUUCAUAUAUGUUUGAGCGUAAGAAAGAAUGACGGACGUGUAAUGGGUUAUAGUUUGGACUUCCAUUUAGGUAAGUGUUGGGAUAAGGAGUAGGUUCAACCCAUAAGUUUAGUAGAUAAACGAAAACAUAACAACCUACCAGCCAGUGCAAUAAGCCCAAAUUCGAGGGAUCACACAAGGGAAUUAACAGUCAUGAACAACCUCUAAUAUUACAUAACACAACUUAGAAAUCAAACGUCUAACUAUCCUAUCCGCAGCUGUCACAACUCUAUCCGAGAAUAUAUGUAAAUAACACUGCAUUAAUCCUUGUUAGUAAGAGUAACAAAUUUCUGAACAACCCUAGUUCUUACAAGACUAAAGCAUGUUUGGAUUAACAAUGUCUUAAAGGUAAUCAUCCAUUAGUUUAAGACUUUGGACUAACGUUAUCAUAUUACAUACGUAUACGAUCAACGAUGAUCAGUCUUUGUUAAAAAAAGAAGGGUAAAGAAUUAAAGCAGUCGAGUCACCCAUCCAACAAAGACCCAAAGAGAAAAAUAAAAGCUGCUACUCAAGAAAACCGCUUGACCAAAACAGUCCUCUCUUCUUCCUCAUUCCCAUUUCGACCGAAAUUAUUUUACAAGAACAAAACGAUGGAACUUUUGAUAAAGGAAAAAAGACAACAGAAUGAAUGAUGAUGAUAAUUUAAUAUAGAAUUGGUUGCGUUACAGCAAAUUGUCAGGAACAAAAACAAACAAAAUUAAAAAGCUGCUUGCUGCAGUAGUUUUGGUUUUUCAGUUUCUCUAUUUUGUAUUAUAUAUGCUGGUGGACGAACGAUGGUGAUCGAGGACUGAGGGAGAGGGUGCCAUAUGCUGAUAAUGCAAACGCAAGAAACCGUUUGAAUAUGGGUUAAUCACAAAAAUGCCCAUCAAAUAUAGCGGUAAAGCGGAUUCGGUGCAUAAAUCUUAUAUGCAAAAUUCAACAUAAUACUCGUUUAGCGGGUUGAUACAGUUCUUAACACUAUUAUAAGACAUAUCGUUUCACUAUGAUAAGAUCGUAUUACCCCUUCUAAAUGAGAGUUAUGCAUGAUUGUAUAGAAUUAGGCUACUACCUUAUUUUUUGGCCAAAAUUUUAUGAUUAUUGGCGAAUUGACUGUUCUCUCGAACUAGGUUCGUACAUAUUAACCACUUAAACUACGAUGAGUACUAGUGGUAUUAGCUUCAUAUAUGAGUUUUCUUGAUAGCUCGAGUUGUUAGGAUUAUCAAUUGAUUCUUGAUAUGAUAUUAGAACCUAUAUUCAAGAGGUAUCGCCUUCGUGUCCUUUUGAUUCUCAAUUUAUUUUUAACACAAUGUAUCGAGAGUCUAUGCAAUCUGUAACUUUGUGUGCAGGUGCACCAAAGACAUAAAAAAAAAUUAGACUCCAUUUUUAAGUUCUUCUUGAUAUGCAUUACUGUGAAAUUGACUAAAAUGGACAGGCCAGCCACUAGUGAUUUGAGUUUUGGUACUGGACAAAAAUGUUCAUUCAUUCAAGUCCUUUUUAACAAAGACUAAUCGGGUAUGGUGUCUUAACCAAGAGAUGAAUUCAUUCAAAUCUAAACUUUCAGCCUUUAGUCUCGAAACCUAGUCAAUCUUUUAUCGGAAGUUUGAAUCCAACAUCUUAACCAUUCGAUCUCCUAUUUUAUUCUCACUAUUCAACAUUUAUGGAACUCAUAAUUAUAGUUGGUGAUUAAAACAUGCAACAAAUUGUGAUACUUGACUAGUAGUUCGAACUCAAACCUACAUGAUUUAGAUUUCUGCAUUGAUAAUUUUCAAUGUAACUUUUUGUGUUAGAACGUCAACUAUUGAGAUUCGCGCAUGAAAUCUGGUCGUACCUCGAUUUGGGUACACAAAUAUGAACACAUAAGUUUGAAAAGGAGAAUAUAUCUUUCUCAUAAUCAAGACUUAAUUAACCAAAAAUUUUAAAAUUUUGUGUCUAACUAAUGUAAUACGUCUUUAUAUAAAAAAAAAAGAAGCUAGCAAAGAAAAGAAAAUUGUAGGGAAAGGAAUAGAGAGAGAGGCCCUACACACCAUGGAGUGGGAGUUGAACCAUAUUACCACUAGCUAAAAUUGCUUAAGCACUCUCUCAACAAAUAUUCAUCAUGAGAAAGAAGAACUACAACACCCAUUUCCCAAAAUUGGAUAACAUCUUAUGGACACCAAAUGAUGGGAAAGUCUUAGAGAAACUUUAUACUUUGCCCCGAUCUUCAAAGCAAGCAAUUGAUUACUUCCUUCCCAUGGUUUUCCAGUCUAAAACGAAUGAAAUUCUUUGAUUAGCUUGGUGGGGAAGGUCAUAGGAAAAUUUGAUUAGUUUGGAGGAGGAGAAGAGUUAUUGGUCCCAUAAGUAAUCCUUUGUUUCCAAUAAGCUCUUAAUUUGAUCAUGAAAUAUAAUUCAUGACCAUCAUCAACAUUUCAAGGUGAGUAGGUAACAUCAUGCAUAUCACACCUAAAUUGAAUAAUGACCAACUAAAACAGAAAUCGAUAGACUUUUAAUUCGAUGUUGGUCCUCAGAUUACCUUCAUAUUUUAUUAUUUGAGUGCAAUUACAUACCAAACUGAACAAAUCAUGCUCACUCUCAUACAUAAGAUUUCGAAAUUGAAUUUAAAAGCUUGUUCAUCCCGAUUCGAUUGAUACUAACCAGCGUUGGUUUCGUCCAUAACUUUUUCCUUUUGAUAUAAGACUUAAAAAUUUGACAAAGGUGAAACAUUAUAAUAGAAUGAUGCUUAGAUUUGAUUCAAUCCAAAUGCAAGUUUCAUGCACUACCAAAGAAUCCUUGCCCACCCUCUUGUAUAAUGCCCUUGCUUGCACCCCCAAAAAGAAAGAUAAUGGCCCCAUCUCCAUCUUCCUCCAAAGUCCCAACUUCUAAAGCAAAACCACCAUGACGCCAUAAUUCCCCCUUCCAAAAAAACAAAUCAAAUCAUACAAACAAAAAAUUAAGAGCAACAACAGAGCCAAAGCCACCACCUUUACUAAUUCCCACCCUCUAUAAAUACUCUCUCCCUAUCUUCUUCCUCCCCACCACCAUCCCCCAUUUCCUCCAAUUCCUCCUAAAAACUCAAGAACCCAGUUCUCAAAAUCACCCACCCACAAACAGCAAUGGCCGCCGGAAGGGAACCCUUCAACAUGUCGCCGCGGCCAACAACAUCCCAUGAAACCAACGCCGCCAUGGCAGCAGCAGAGCGCUCCCCCUGGCAUUCCCCUGUUCCUUACUUGUUCGGCGGAUUGGCCGCCAUGCUCGGGCUGAUCGCUUUCGCCCUCUUGAUCCUCGCCUGCUCCUACUGGAAGCUGUCCGGCUACUUGGAAAACGACGGCGAGAGAGAUCUGGAGGCAGGGGAAGGCGAGGGGAACGGGAAGGAAGGAGGCGAAGGUGGAGAGAAGAAGGCCAAGGAGUUCGACGAGAAGUUCUUGGUUAUCAUGGCUGGACAGGUGAAACCCACUUACCUCGCCACUCAAGUCUCCAGCCGGUCGUUGUCUUUCGGCGACGGCGAGAAGCCUUGUCUUUGCGGCGAGAAAGACGGGAAAUUGGAAGGUGGGAAACAGGGGAGUGAUGAAGAACAGAGUAGAGAUAACAGGGGAAUUUCGCGAGAAGGCAGCGGCGAAUCUUCUUCUUCUUCUUCAUCGUCGUCGGCUGCAGCUGCAACGGCAGCGACAGCGACAGCGGCAGAGGAAGAGGAAACGGUGGCGCCGCAUUGAUUCUGUUGUCUAACUUUAAAAUCCUCUUCUUCCUCUGUGCUGGGUGUGUUGAGGAAGGAAGAAAAUUUUGGGGCAAAGUGCUCUGUUUUUUUCUUUCUCAUGGUAGAGAGAUGGGACUCUGUUUUGUCUGUAAAUGAGUUAUAGAUAUCAGCAAUUUUUACUGUUUAACUUGUUGUUUCUUGGGGGAGGGUUAGGUUUUUGCGUUUUCCAGACCGGGAAAUGUAAAUUCUACCUGAGAUUUUGAUUUGAAAUGAAUGCUUGAUCUAAUCACGGACCGUCAAAUCCACGAGUUUAAGAUCCUUCGAUGAGGUCUAAUUGAGAGAUGUAGUAGUUUCGAGUAAGAUACUGCGUCAAAUCAACAAGUCGAGUCACGAUCAAGAUUCAACAUGCUUCAUACGAGAGUGGAAAACUUAAUCGCAAGAUAGGUAAAUGACAAACAAAGUUGAGUUCAUACGAAAUUACUAACUCAACUACUAUAGCUCAACAAUGGUAGGUAUGGAAGAGAAGCAGGGUAAUUGGUAAAGUUGGAAGCUUUUUUUCCAGGCGGAGGGAGAGAGGUAAAAAGUGGUGGAAAUUAUGGAGACGCCGGCAGCUGGCCGGAAGACCGGCGGCAUGUGACACUCACGUGUUUGUACGGUUUCAAGCUUCUUUUGGCUAGAACUUGAAUUUGUAGCAGUUUUUUUGUUAGUUGCUUUUGAUGUUUCAUGCGGCGAUUUGAAACCGCCAUGAAAACAAAGAUAGCCCAUAGUUUUAAGUUUUUGCCCCCGUUGCUUGUUCCUUAACGGCCAAAAACUUGAGACCUUAACCCCAUUUGGUAUGUGCUAGGUGGCACUUAAUGAGGGUUCUCUGGGCUAUCAUGUCGGUGAUUCGAGUGCAUGCAGUUUCAGAUGAAUUGGUGAGGAUUUGAUUUUAUUUAUGAACAACGGCACGAGUAGAAAGAUAAAGUAAUGAAAAAUUUAGUGUGCUAACAUUUGUUCAAUGAGCUCAUUUUGAUGGUUCGUUUAUGUUGUGAAUUGGUUUUGACAAAAGUUAUCAUUUAAUGAAAGGUUUUACGUUCGAGUUUCCCCCCAUCAUGUAGGGUAUUUUUUUCCCCAUAUACUUAUUCAUCCAGACAUACGUUAAAUGAGAUGUGAGCAAUCAGUCCAAGUGAUCAGACAAGUGGUAAUCAAGAGAUGAAAGUCGGAUGUGUGCAAAUCUAGAAGCAUUUUAUACACUGAGGUUAAUGAAAAAAGUGUUUACACAAAUCUACAAGCACGACUAAUUGGGACGAGCUGGAUAUAGAUUAGUAAGUCCUUAAUCAACAUUUAAUUGGAACGAGGUGGAGAUUCUAUUUGUAUGUAUAUUUCACGAUAAGCCACAAGAUUAACAUGUCCUUAAUCAAAUUUUGGUCUAUGAUAAGAUUUGAUUCACCUUGUAAUCCUUAAGAAUGUACAUUUGUUGGUUUUCAUACUUCCAUUCCUAGGGAAGGCAAUAAGGAAAGGAAGUGGGGAAAUGGAGGAUUAUUAGUGGUAGGUGAGUUGGAGAAGAUGUAUUGGAAGUAUACACAUGCCCCUAUAUUGGUGGUCUAGGAUGAAAUUGCUUGUCACCAUGUAAGCAAACAUUAAUCAUUAGCACAAAAUAAUGCUUGGUGAAGUAAGCCACUAUGCAAAGGGACUUAGCCCAAUCAUGGAUCUCUAUGUGGAGUUGGGUGCGCCCAUGCAUAAUUGAGUUCAUGAAUAGAAGAAGAAAAAAGGGAUAUCCAAUGCCCCAAUUGGAAUAAUAUGGUAUGAUUUUUUUCCUAAUUGUAUUUAUCCACUUUGAAGGUGAAAAUUUUGAGAAGCUUACACAAUAAAAUGGAGUAGGACUAAUGUUCCAUUUGAAACAAACCACAAUUUUAAUGAAUGAAAUAGCAGAAGGUAUAAUGAGAGUGGAAAUUAAAGUAUUUGGGUGAU